UAAAUGUAGAUUACAAAAUAUAGCUCCGUUAAACGACGUCGUAAAAGCAGGCGGCGAUGGGUAGCCGGGGAUCGAAUCACCGCCCGUCGUCGGCGUCGAGAUUCGAGAACCGGAUUUCGUUCCUGAUGCUCUCAAUGUUUGCUACCAUGGCUUCCUUUUACGUUGCCGGCCGAUUGUGGCAAGACGCAGGGAACAGAGUUUACUUAAUUAACGAGCUUGAUAAGAGAACCGGCCAGGGGAAAUCUUCCAUUUCAGUCGACGACACAUUGAAAAUCAUUACUUGCAGGGAACGCCAGAAGAAACUAGACGCACUUCACAUCGAUCUUGAAAAGGCUAAGCAAGAAGGAUUUACGCCUAAGCAUCUCUCGGAAGACGGUGGGCCCGCAAAGAAAAAACUAUUGGUUGUCAUAGGUAUACUCACUAUGUUUGGACGCAAGAAUAACCGAGACGCUAUUCGUAAGGCAUGGAUGCCCACCGGUGAUGCUCUGAAGAAACUCGAGGAAGAAAAAGGGAUUGUCGUACGAUUUGUAAUAGGGAAAAGUGCGAAUAAAGGCGACAGUUCGGAUAGAGAGAUCGACAGUGAAAAUAGGCAGACGAACGACUUCGUAAUUCUUGAAAAUCACGUGGAGACGAUUGAAGAGAGAGCAAAGAAGACGAAAUUGUUCCUCAUUCACGCCGUGGAGAACUGGGAUGCUGCUUUUUAUACUAAGCUUAGUGAUGAUGUAUAUGUUAAUAUCGAUGCUCUUGGAUCUGUGCUUGGAAGUAGCUUGGACAAGCCUCGUGUCUACAUUGGUUGUAUGAAGUCGGGAGAAGUUUUCUCUCAACCGAAAGACAAGUGGUACGAACCUGAUUGGUGGAAAUUUGGAGAUGGGAAGUCAUACUUUCAGCACGCUUCGGGUGAGAUAUUUGCUAUAUCACAAGCACUGGCUCAGUUUAUUUCAAUCAACAGAUUGGUCCUUCGUACGUAUGCCCAUGAUGAUGUCAGCAUUGGAUCUUGGUUCAUUGGUCUUGAUGUGAAGCAUGUGGACGAAGAAAAGUUUUGCUGCACAUCCCGUUCAUCAGGAGCCAUUUGUGCAUCUGCCUGAUUUAGUUGUUGUGACGAACUCAUCUUUCGGGUUUUCUUUUUCUUUUUCUUUUUCUUUUUUUUUUUUAAUUCGAGUAUUUAGAUGGUGUUGAAUCCAGAUUCUCAGGUUAUGGUUUGUAGUACUUUGGAGUAAUGAAUUUUGUGUAUAGUUUUGGCUUUGCAGUUGGUUAUGUCGGAUUAAUUUGGAUUUUGAUUGGAUUAAGUUGACUUAACUGGUGGAUUACU